AUGUGGGGUGACGAGAGGGGAGAGGAGAAUGAGCGUCGGAUGGGGAAAGGGAAGGGUGUCGGGGUAACUGAGAGGGGACGCCCCGCCGUGUUUCCGGGAGGCAGGAAGCGGGCGCCGCCCGGCUGCCGUUUGGACUCCGACCGACAGAGGGCGAUCCCGAGGCGGAAGCGGCUGCGGAGCUGGAGCGCAGCAUCGGGUCAGCCUGACGGUCACUUGGAUGUAAUCACACCGAACAGUGAUUUCCUUUCUAGCAAGGAGGAAAUGAAGCAGCUCUACUACAUCCUACUGAUGGACCUCCCCGUAAAAGACCGCGUGUUCCCUGCUGGAACACUGGCCGCCAUCCGUGAGUCGGACUACGUGAAGCAGAUGGGGGGCGAGGUGGGGCCGUGCCCCUGGCUCAAGUUUCACCUGGUGGACGCCGAGGUGAGCCUGGAGCUGGAGCUGUGCACCCUGAGGUCGCUGAGUGAGGAGGAGGCGGGCCUGCUGCAGGCAGUAAGCCCCUCAUACCGGCGGCUGCACCUCUACCUGGAGGAGAAGGAGGCCCUGCAGACCGCCCUGAAGCUGCGGCCAAGCGACCCGGUGACGCUGGAGCACAACUCCGAGACCCUUCCCGGCGUCCUCCGGUACAUCGGCAGCAUCGUCAACAGCCCGGUGCUCUCCGCCGUCUACUUCGGCAUCGAGCUGCAGGUGGAUGCAGACAUUGACGGACUAAAUGAUGGAACAUAUGGCGGGAAGCAGUACUUCCAAUGCAGGAAAAACCGCGGGUUCUUUGCGCCUUUCAGCAAGGUGAAGCCACUAAGGAGCUGUGCCGAUACUGGGCAGUCGGCACUCACGGCGAGCCCGAACCACACCAGUACCGAGCACGGUUGUCCCAUCAACCCUGGAGACCACGUGGCCAUCUGCGUGAAAGACCUGGUGAAGGAAGGGAUGGUGAUGGGCCUCUCUGACAGGGGAUCAAUGGUUCUAGUCGACGUUAAUCAGGACCCGUCGAAGGGAGAAGGCCCGGUACCCCUGAUGAACGUCCCAGUGGACUCCGUCAUCAAGAAGGAAAAGCUGCAGCCCCCCCGAAACGUCCAACGCAGCAUCUCCCGAGAGAGCCAGAUCUUGGUGGACGGCGUAGAGAAAGGUGGGAGCCUGCGACACCAGGCUCCAGUGAAUGGGGGGAGCCCUCCCCGCCGUCCGCUCGGAGUCAAUUCUGUGGUGCAGAUCAACAUAGACCAGGGACCUCCGGUGACUGGGGUCAUCCGGUGGACGGGGCAACUGCCAGGGGUGUCCGGACAGCAGGCUGGUGUGGAGCUGGAUGAGGACAGAGGAGUGACUGAUGGCACCUGGAAAGGGAAACGGUACUUUGACUGUUGCGCCAAGAGGGGCUUGUUCGUCCACUUGACCUCCUGCCAUCCCGAUGCCAGGUUCCAGUCUCUGGCCAUCACCUGUGACGAUUUUGAAGACACCGAUCGAGCUGCCAGCAGCCGGGAGAGUUACGUGGUCUCCGAGAUCGUCCCUCCGCCAAGGAGCGAGGAUGCUUUGAGGAUCUUCCAGGGGAGAAUGCGCGGGAUCCAAGGCCACUGCAAUUCCUGCUACAUGGACUCGGCCCUCUUCAGCCUCUUCUCCUGCUCCAUGGUGCUGGACUCAUUGCUGUACAAGACUACAACCCAGCAAAACGCCCACAUCCAGCAGAUCCUCCGCAAGGAGAUCGUCAACCCCCUCCGCAGGGACGGGUUUGUGGAUUGUAAGAAGGUGAUGAACCUGCGACAGGAGCUGACCCAGGGCGGAUACUGCGCGGGCUUCACGUCUGAGGAGAAAGAUCCAGAGGAGUUCCUGAAUGUCAUAAUGCAGCAUGUUCUAGGACUGGAGCCACUCCUGAAACUGAAGUCACAAGGAUUGAAGGACCAGGAUUGUUUCUGCCACCAGAUAUUCAUUGACGAGGACGAUGAGCUGCUUGUGCCCACUGUACAGCAGCUGGUGGAGCAGUCUUUCCAUUGUAACCACCUCAAGCUGACAGAGGUUCCCUCCUGCUUCAUCAUCCAGAUGCCUCGUUUUGGGAAGAGUUACAAGAUGUUCGAGAAGAUUAUCCCCUCGCUGGAGCUGGACAUCACUGAUCUGCUGAGUGACAGUCCCCGGGAAUGCUGUCUGUGUGGAGAUCUGGCCACCCAGGAGUGCGAGGAAUGCUUCAGGGACAAGCUGUUUUCGAAAGCGGGCCUCAAGCAGUACUGUGACACUUGCUGGCAUCAGGUUCACAAACACCCUUCCCGACAAGGACACAAGGCGGUGAGGCUCCACUGCCCUCCCGAGUACGAGUGGAGCCGGAGGGCGCGGGUGCCUCAUGAGAAGAUGCAGCUCUUUGCUAUGUUGUGCAUCGAAACCAGCCACUACGUCUCCUUCGUCAAGUAUGGCCCCGGCGACGAAGACUGGAUGUUCUUUGACAGCAUGUCAGAUCGGGAAGGUGAGAGCACAGCCCGGUUCGUUGUGUUUUGCAUGCUGAUUGAACAGCCAAGUUGCAUGGUCUUUCAUUGA